UGUAUCAACAAGGAGAACAACGCCGAACUCUCACGUUCUAUUAACUCUAUGUUUCACUGGUACCGCAGUGCGACUCAAUGCUACGUAUAUUUAUCAGAUGUAUCUACAACUUCCUUUACUUUAAACAGGACAAAGAAGUCAACAAAGCCAUAG